CUGGGAGAAGUUUCCCCUUGAAAAUAAGUUUGAUACCCUCUCGGGAAUGGAAACUGAAGUUUUCCUUCUGUGAAAGUGUCCCACAGAGGGACCAGCUCACUCUGCCCCACAGAAAGCUCAACCCUACCCCUCUGGUACUUUAAGACUUUAAGAGGGAUACCACGUCUCAUACGCUAAAGAAUUUCCAAGGAUUUAUUUUCUCCCUCCGGAGCAGGGAGGUACUUUUAUUUAAAAGAAUGGGAGACUAUGAUGAAGACACUGCAUUCCUCGGACAGACUGGUCCAUACUUCUGGACCACAUUCUUCCUCCUGAACACAGUUUUUGUCUCAACUGGAUUCAAUGGACUUUACAUUGUGUUUGUUGGGGCAGCUCCGAAACAUCACUGUUUUGUUCCGGAUGUAAACUUGACACAUGAGUGGGAACAUGCCAUCAUUCCCUUUACGAUAGUGGAUGGUGAUGAAGUUCAGAGCCAGUGCAGCAGAUAUAAACUGGAUGUAGUGAGGAAUCUCUCGGCUGAAGGAUACAUUCCUGGGAGGGAUGUCAACCUUACAAACCUGGAGCAGGAGGGAUGUUUGAAUGGAUGGAGCUACAGCAAAGAGAUCUACCACUCCAACAUAGUCACUGAGUGGGACCUUGUUUGUGACAACCAGUGGAAAGUUCCCUUUGCAUCCUCGACUCUCUUUGUGGGAUACCUUCUCGGUUCCCUGAUCUCAGGCCAGCUUUCUGACAGGUUUGGGAGGAAGAAGGUUAUCUUCAUAUCUCUUGCAGCCCAGUGUGUCUCGGUCAUCCUCCAGUCUUUCUCUCAUUCAUGGAGGAUGUUCUGCAUCAUGUUCCUCUUUGUUGGAGCCUCACAGAUAUCCAUCUAUAUCUCGGCCUUUGUACUAGGAACGGAGGUGUUAAGUAAAACUAUGCGAGUGAUCUUCACCACCCUCGGGGCCUUUCUUUUCUAUUGCAUUGGUUACAUGACUCUACCUUGGAUUGCAUAUGGCAUUAGAGAGUGGAGGACUCUUUUGGCAGUUUUGGCCACAACUUCUGUGGUCUACAUCCCACUGUGGUGGUUUCUCCCAGAGUCUCCUCGCUGGCUGCUCACUCAGGGUCGAGUGGAGGAAGCUGAGGCCAUCGUGAGAGAUGCUGCAAGAAAAAAUAAAGUUCAGGCCCCAGCAGUUAUUUUUAAAGAGUUUGAGCUCCAGGGGAGGCCUCCAAUCAAAACAUACACCAUGCUUGAUAUUUUGAAAUCCAAGAACAUCAGAUGUAUCACACUGAUGUGUCUCUUGUUGUGGAUGGCCAUAAACAUUGGGUAUUUUGGAUUGUCCCUGAACACCUCUAACCUGAGCGGAGACCCCUUCAUGAACUGUUUUCUCUCAGCUGCUGCUGAGGUUCCUGCCUAUGUGGUUUCUACUCUGCUGCUAAGAAAAUGUCCAAGAAGAGCACUUCUGUCAUCAUUCCUCAUCAUUGGGGGAGGUGUUCUUCUUCUCAUCCAGUUCAUCCCUGAUACCCUUCAGUAUAUAGCUCUGGCUUUGGAAAUGACCGGGAAGUUUGGCUUCACCAUGGCCUUCAGCAUCGUCUACAUCUACACUGCAGAGAUUUAUCCCACUGUACUCAGGAACGUCGGCAUGGGAAUGUGCUCCUCGGCUGCACGCAUCGGCAGUAUCACAGCUCCUUAUGUCAUUUAUUUAGGUACUUAUAAUAAGGUUCUGCCGUAUAUUCUCAUGGGAAGUCUCACAAUUGCCUCCUCUGUGGUGAAUUUCUUCCUUCCGGAGACCCUACAUAGAGAUCUUCCAGAAACAGUAGAGCAGAUGCAAGAAUGUCAGGGGUUGUGCAAUGGACUCAAAAAGAAGAGAUAUGUAGAAAAUGGAGGAAGCGACAACCCCAACAUACAUCAUGAGGCAAAGUCUGAUGUGCAAUCUCUUACUGCAUAGUUCAGAUUGGCAAACAACAAAGAAAUGAAAAAAAGAAGGAACUAUUUGAUUGCUUGAAUUAAAUAAUCUGAAAUCUGAAAUUAAAAUCCAAAACAUGCACAGCGGGAUCCAAAAGCCUGCUGCCAAAAACUGUAUGUUUUUGUUUUUUUUAACAUAUUUAAAACCUCUAUUUUUGUAUUCAGUUGAUGGUUGCUACCUACAGAAUUGUUCUUUGGAAAUGUUAAGUUGUUUUAAAUAAAGUUAAAAA